UAGUGUAGUGCCGGCUGGAGACACCAUGAACUUCCUAAUCAUCUCCACACUGUUGGCGGCGGCGAACGCGAUGCCGUCCUACAUAGCGGUGCCUGCUGAUCAGAUCGCCUUCCUGGACCUGUCGUCACUGCGCAGGGUGCCGCGCCAGACCCUCAGCCCGCCCCCACCCCCGCCGGUCCUGCCGCAGGCGCUGUACGAGGACAACUACCAGCCGAUACCGAUACAGAACUACCAGCAAUCUGUUGCGCUCGCCCCUCCCCCCGCACCUGAAGUACAACAACGGAUCCAACUCCAAGCUCAGAGCGAAGCAGCCGACGUCCCAGCGCACUACGAAGAAAGAGCACCUGACUUUGGGGAAUACGUAGACUUCGGAGCCCACACGGGUGACAACGGAGCAUUCGGGUGGUACGCAGACUAUCCCAUCAAUAACCACGACGAUUCUCAUUAUAGGAAAUAAGUAGGGUAUCAAAUACCUAAAAGACUCGAAAGAUCUGUCAGUUAUUUGUUUAAAACAGAUCUUGUUUAGUUAGGGCAUCUUGCCAAUCGUAAUUUUAAGUUACCAAAGACAGUAUUAUAGUGUGAUAUAGUUAGGGUGGAUAACCGCACAUUUGUUUUAGCCGGUUAACUCCGCUGCACUUUAGAAAGUUCCUCGUUUGUAAGGUUAAGUGAUACGUUCCCUGUGAUACGCACCAUGGUAGUAUAACUUCCUAAUAUUUUCAUUCUUUUACUUAUUUCUCUUUCUUUUUCUAUUUCUUUCUUACA